UUAGUUGGGCUACAAGGCGGCAACAAAAACUACAAAAAAGCCUUGAACCAGAAAAGAUGACAAAAAAUAUUUUAUUUUGUGCAUUUUUGAUUUUACAACUGUCAACAUCUUUCUGUGCAGAAAAUAUUACUCAAGCAACAUUGACAGAAACGAGCAAUUGUAUCGUUAAAAAUAACGUUUUUCUCGAAUGUGACGACGCACUUUCCAUUGUAAAUUGGAUAUCGUCUGCAAAUUUGAACGUAAUUGAGGAAAUAGAAAAAUUAACGAUUGAAAAUUGGCAAGAAAAAGUGGUGAAACCUUCAAUAUUUAAAAAUUUUACAAAUUUGAGAGAAUUUACGUUAAAAAGUGGAAAUUUAACGAAGUUUUUGGGGGAUUUUCCUGCUUUAAAUUAUUUGGAGAAAAUAAAUGUAACGGAUAACAAGAUAAAGGAUGUUUAUAACACACUGUUUAAAAAUUUACCGGAACUGAAAACUGUUGAUCUGAGGCGAAAUAAUCUUCAAACAAUCACGAAGGCUUUUAUUUUGGCGAAAAACUUUUCAGAAUUAUAUUUAUUUGGAAACCAUUGGGACUGCACAAAACCAAUGAAAUGGCUUCUCAACGUUAGUCACUCAAGUUAUGUCGCGGAUCUCCAAACUCUUAAAUGUUCCGACAAAAAAUAUCAUACGAGACAUUUAGUGACCGUUAUGGAGUAUAAUUUGGGAGUGAAGGAAAGUUGCCGCAAAAGUGGACUCAAAAAUUGUACUUGCAGCAUUUAUUACAUGCAACGUGAAGGCUCGCCAAGUUAUUCCGUUAAUUGCAGCAAUAGAGGAUUUUAUAGUUUACCGGAGAUUUUGCCUUUGAACACAACUGUUUUGUAUAUUUCACAUAAUAACAUCAGUGACUUACGUCCUCUUGUAACGAACUCCCUUUAUCACGACAUCGACGACAUUUAUUUGAACAACAACUUGGUUACCUCGAUUGAAGUCUUAGAGAACAGUGUUUAUUUGAACAACUUUCGCCUUUUAAGCCUCGAAUCCAAUAAAAUUUCCAAGAUUUCAGUUUUCCCUCUAAAAAACGCCUUUAGUCGCAACCCGAACCUACAAAGUGUCUUUUUGAGCCAAAACCCGUGGACCUGCAACUGUAAAUUCACUCCAAAAUUCCAACAAUUACUUGCAAAAUUCGAAUUUAUCCGAGAUGCUCGCAACAUAACGUGUCGUUUUGAGCAAGACAACCCUUUUUCGAAUCGUCCAGUGAUGUCAUUGACGAAAAAUGAACUCUGUCACCAAGAAAACGAAGAAUUUCUCGUCAUUGAUAUCGUAAAUUGCAUCUUAGGACUUUUGAUUUUCGUUAUUUUAGCGAAAUUAUUUUAUGACUACAUCCAAUAUCGACACUACGGAAGGAUACCGUGGCUUGUAAAAAUUAUUUAAUUUAAAAAAAUGGAAAUUUUCUAA